GAAAGAAUUUCAACGAAAUGAUGAUCAGCAUCGUUACGUGGCUGUACUUUCACCCACAGGCCUCAAUUUCAUCGAUUAUUUGAAGACGGAACCGAUUUUCUCUGUUCUCAAUACAGUCCACUCGCCAUCCUGUGACGGAGACUGAGAAUGGCGGAGGAGAAGCAGAGGCUUAAUGGCGGAGUUGUUGGAGGGUCGUUGGUGGAGGUGAAUCCGAAGCCAAGUAAAGGGCUGGCAUCGAAGGUGACCGAUUUGUUGGAGAAGCUGUUUGUGAAGCUUAUGUAUGAUUCUUCAAAGCCUCAGCAUUAUCUUUCCGGUAAUUUUGCUCCGGUUGGUGAUGAGACUCCGCCGAUUACCGAUCUCCCUGUUAAAGGAUAUCUUCCGGAGUGCUUAAAUGGAGAGUUUGUUAGGGUGGGGCCGAAUCCGAAGUUUAGCCCCGUUGCUGGUUACCAUUGGUUCGAUGGAGAUGGCAUGAUUCAUGGAUUGCGCAUUAAAGAUGGAAAAGCAACAUAUGUUUCCCGUUAUGUGAGGACAUCACGACUUAAACAAGAAGAAUAUUUUGGAGGUGCUAAAUUCAUGAAGAUUGGUGAUCUGAAAGGGUUCUUUGGGUUAGUAAUGGUUAACAUGCAAAUUCUGAGAGCAAAGUUAAAAGUGUUGGAUGUAUCAUAUGGAACUGGAACAGGUAACACGGCUCUCAUAUAUCACCAUGGGAAGCUGCUAGCACUUUCGGAGGGAGAUAAACCUUAUGUUAUAAAAGUGUUGGAGGAUGGAGAUUUACAGACACUUGGUCUGCUGGAUUAUGACAAGAGAUUAACGCACUCCUUCACUGCUCAUCCAAAGGUUGAUCCAGUCACCGGCGAAAUGUUUACAUUUGGUUAUUCCCAUACACCACCAUAUGUUACUUACAGAGUUAUUUCCAAGGAUGGCCUCAUGCAUGACCCAGUACCAAUCACAAUUCCAAACCCGGUCAUGAUGCACGACUUUGCGAUUACUGAAAAUUAUGCAAUUUUCAUGGAUCUUCCUUUAUAUUUUAAACCAAAGGAAAUGGUGAAAGAAAAUAAGUUAAUUUUCACAUUUGAUGCUACAAAAAAAGCUAGGUUUGGUGUGCUUCCGCGAUAUGCAAAAGAUGACUUGCUUAUGCGAUGGUUUGAGCUUCCAAAUUGUUUUAUAUUUCAUAAUGCUAAUGCUUGGGAGGAAGGAGAUGAAGUAGUUUUGAUUACAUGCCGGCUCGAGAAUCCAGACUUGGACAUGGUCAGUGGGUCUGUUAAGGAUAAGCUUGAGAACUUCUCAAAUGAGCUGUAUGAGAUGAGAUUCAAUCUUAAAUCUGGUUUAUCUUCACAGAGGAAACUCUCGGAAUCUGCUGUAGAUUUUCCUAGAGUGAAUGAAUGCUACACUGGCAGGAAGCAACGAUAUGUAUAUGGAACUACACUGGACAGCAUUGCAAAAGUCACGGGGAUUGCUAAAUUUGAUCUGCAUGCUAAACGUGAAACUGGAAGAACGAAGAUUGAAGUUGGAGGAAAUGUUCAAGGCCUGUAUGACCUUGGACCUGGUAGAUUUGGUUCUGAAGCUAUCUUUGUUCCUCGUAUACCUGGCACCACUUCAGAAGAAGAUGAUGGCUACUUAAUAUUAUUCGUACAUGAUGAGAAUACUGGAAAAUCUGCGGUGAAUGUCGUGGAUGCCAAAACUAUGUCAUCCGAGCCCGUUGCAGUUGUUGAAUUGCCACACAGAGUUCCAUAUGGGUUUCAUGCCUUCUUUGUAUCAGAGGAGCAACUUCAAGAACAAGAAAGGCUUUGACUGACCAUACCGUUAUUUUCGGGACGAAAGAGGACCUGAAGAAGACAAACGAACAACUGUUAGCAUUUAAUAUAGUAUUCUUUUAUCUUGAAAUAGUUUUACCUCUGCUUGUUUUCUUGUGACGAACUUCUUACAUACUGUGCUUCCUCCUCCCUCCAAGACCUUGAAGUAAAAACUUGCACUUAUGAAUAAUAUGAUGAUAAAAAGCUGUCUUGCAGUGAAAAAUGAAUCUCUUUAAUGCCCA